AUGCAGCGCACUCUUCAGCUUGCGGGGGCAUUCUACCGCGCGCGCCCCGUGAAACAAGCGGGCGCCACGAUGGCACGCGGGCGCAAUCUAGCGUGCGCGGCCUCGCCGCGGGACGGGGCGCCGCCGGCGCGCAAGGCGGGUGAAAUCAUGGGCAUGGCAGCCAACAAGGCGACGCGGUUCGUGUACCUGCGCACGCUGCCGCUCGUGAAGCAGCCGGAGCUGGAGGGGCAGGUGGACGAGGUGGCGGGGCGCAUCGAGGACAUGACAGCGCGGCUCUGCGAGAAGCACGGCGGGGCGCUGGUCGACGAGCGCAGCGCCGUGCACCUGCACACGGCCGCGCUCGCUAUCGCGACGCACCGCGUGCUCGAGCCGCGCAUCCGCGACGAGUGGCGGCUGGGCAACGUGAUUCGCGCGGGGUACGGCGCCAAGCUCGUGCCCGCCCGGGACGCGACCGAGGCGGACCGCAAGGCCGUCAGGGUGACGGAAAGGCUGCGACCGGAUUUCUGGGUCGUGCGCGCUGCGCUGUGGAUGUCGUUCAACAGGAUGAAGGCGAUUCGCAAGAUGACCAGUAAUAUGGCGCGGGAUUUCGGGCAGUCGUUCGAGACGACAAGCACUGAUCGGCAUGGAGAUGAGGGCGAGACUCAUUCGCUGCUUGUGAGUAAGUGAAUUUUUUUUCCUUCUUCUGUCCUGUGUUCGACGAAACAAAACACAUGUGCGGUGAGGAGAGAGAGGAAUUGUUUUUCUAACGACUUGGCUGUUUUUUUUCUUUCUUUUGUUGGUUUUUCCGCUUACCCUUUGUGGCCUCGUCUGUGUGACAGCAAAGUGCUUCUACAACACACUCUGUCGAGACGAGGGCUUACCACACUUGACCAAGAUAUUUUGUGCGUUAGACAGAGCCUUGUACUCUCCAAUCACGAAACAGAGCCAUGGGAUAAAUUUCAGUCUAGACCAGACUUUGGCUGAUUUCAGUCCA